GAGAACCAUUUUGUAGACUUCCACCACAAUUGUGUGUGAUAGUCUGUCGAUUUAAACUCUUCCUGAAACGACUCUACUCUCUUUUAAAAAAUCUUAUAAAAAUUUCAAGUUGUUUAUAAAAAUGGAUGAAACUUGGCGUGUUAAUUUUGAAGAGAUCAACUAAGAGAUAGUAUCAAAUCGUAAACGCCAUUGUUUCAGAAGAAGAGAAAGAAAUUUCUAGUUAAUUAAUUCUUUAAAUAGAGAGCAAUAAUGGAUUGUCCUCAUGUUGGUGGAAUGGUGAAAAUUGCUUCGCCACCGUCUAGACUUGAUGGAGAUCCUAAUACUUGGAAAUGUGAAGGUUGUGAUAAGGACGUAUACACAUCCCUUUGCUUGUGUCUAACUUGUGGAAAGCUAAAUUGUGGACGAUAUGAUAAAGGACACGCCGAAGAACACUUUAAGAAAAGCUCAAGCGAAGUAACAUGCGCUCAUUGUAUUUGUAUGAACGUUUUGGAUACGAGCGUUCAUUGCUAUAUAUGCAAUACUUUUAUCUAUACCGACACACAUUCUCACCACGUUGAAAGACUAAGGAGAAAAUUGCUCAAGCUAAAAACAACUGAAGAAGAGAAUUCAAAAGAAAAUAUUGGAGUAUGUUGCAAAAGGAAGAUAGCUGUAACCCAUAAUGAACCAGUUAAGAAACCAAGAUCCAAUCAGUUAUGUCCACUUAGACGAGCUGGUUUAAAGAACUUAGGAAAUACUUGUUUCAUGAAUUCUGUUUUGCAAUGCUUGAAUAAUUUGAUUUUUUCGUCAUUUAUCCAAUCUCUACCUGAUAUUCAGGUAGUUAAAGCAAUGAGAUUGACAAGAAGUAAAAAAUCUUCGGAUUGUAUAGGAGACGAAUUGCUAACAGACAAAUUGAAGAAGGUUUUAUCUGAAAUGGAUGUUAAGGGUAAAAGGACGACAGUUCACACUCAAGAAUUACUUUCAACAGUUUGGAGAGUUGUUCCCAGAUUUUGUGGCUAUCAACAGCAAGAUGCUCAUGAAUUUAUGCGAUAUCUUUUAGAUAGAAUACGAGGAGAACUCCAAACAUACGAAAUAGGAAAGCAGAAUGGUGUCAGUAGCAGCUCUAGAAAUAUUGUUGAUGAUGUUUUCGGUGGUUUAUUGCAGAGUAAAGUAAAAUGCUUGAAUUGUUGUAGUUUAUCAAAUAAAUUUGAUCCAAUGUUAGACAUAUCUGUCGAUAUACCGUUCAACGACGACGAUACUUGCGAUUUAAAAGACUGUCUCAGACAUUUCACGGAAAAUGAACUUUUAAGCGAAAAUGAUCAGUAUUACUGCGAAAAGUGUAAAAGUAAGCAACCCUCGACAAAGAAACUUUCAAUUCGAAGAUUACCUAACGUACUAUGUAUCCACUUAAAACGCUUUCGAGUUAACGCUAAUCAGAGGUUGAAGAUUUCUAAGCAUGUUUCUUUUCCGCUUCAAGAAUUAGAUAUGUCCGAACUGGGCUUAGAAGAAGACACUAGAGCUACUAGAUCUCAACAGUGUGGUGGUACUGUCUAUGACCUUGCAGGUUUAAUAGUUCAUCAUGGCAAGAGUGUGUCUGGAGGUCAUUAUACAGCUUAUGUUGUUGAAGAUGAUCAUUGGUUACAUUGUAACGACGCCCAAGUAACGUGCUCUGAUGAAGAAACCGUCAAAAAAAGUCAAGCUUACGUAUUAUUUUAUUCCAAGACGAAAAUAGGGUCGAAAUGAACGUCAAAUAUGAUUUAAAACAAAUAAUAUUAAUUUUUUUUGUUAUGUCUAAUUGCUCAAUGUCUUCAGUAAUUUUUAGUCACUGCAUUCUUUAACCAGAAUCUAUAUCAUUAUUGUUUUCUCGUAUGUUAUUGUGUGGUACAAUAUAUAUGAUAGAAAUAUAAGAAAAUGUCCGUAAAAUAUAUAUAUACAUAUAUAUAUAUAUAUAUACAAUAUAUGUAUGUGCCUUAGUGAAAAGAGAAAAACAGAAAGUGUAUUUGUAGUAAAGAAAUUAGUGUCUUUGUUUUUAAACAAAGUUUAAUGAAUAAUU